CGCCCCGUUUGCCUUUGACCCCCCUGGCGCGCCUGUGCGGUGGCGGGAGAUUCCAGCAUGGCGGUGCAACCUAAACAAAAUCUGUCCAUGGACAGUGCAUCGGAACAAGGAUUUCUGAAUUUUUAUUUUUCUAUGCCCGAGAAACCAGACACCACAGUGAGAGUAUUUGAUCGAAACGAUUAUUAUACGGUUCACGGAAAAGAUGCAGGUUUUGCAGCCAAGGAGGUUUUCAAGACGAAUGGAGUCAUCAAAAACCUGGGCACAGGAAAUAAGAGGUUGGAGAGUGUGGUUCUCAGUAAGAUGAACUUUGAGUCAUUUGUGAGGGACCUGCUGCUGGUCAGGCAGUACCGGGUGGAGGUUUACAAGAAUGCCAGUAAGAGCAGCAAAGAACAUGACUGGCAAAUAUCUUACAAGGCGUCUCCGGGAAAUCUGACCCAGUUUGAGGAGAUUUUAUUUGGCAGUGGAGGAGGGCCUGGGGAGGGAGCUGCCGGUGUUGUCGGGGUUCGUCUUGGCACCGGGGCCGAUGGACAGCGUGUUGUCGGUGUUGGCUAUGUGGACAGCACCCUCAGGAAACUCGGUGUGUGUGAAUUCCCAGACAACGAUCAGUUUUCCAAUCUGGAGGCUCUUCUUGUGCAGAUCGGGCCCAAAGAGUGUGUGCUUCCUGGAGGAGAUGCAGGUGGAGACCUUGGGAAACUCAAACAGGUGGUACAGCGUGGUGGCAUUCUGCUCACGGACAGGAAGAAAUCAGAGUUCACAACCAAAGACACUGUGCAGGAUCUGAAUCGGCUACUGAAGGCCCGUAAGGGAGAGACUGUGUCCAGUGCUGCACUUCCAGAGAUGGAGAAACAGAUUGCAAUGUCUUGCUUACAAGCGGUAAUCAAAUACCUGGAGCUUCUCUCAGAUGAGGCCAGUUUUGGUUCCUUCAAGAUAUCCACCUUUGACCUCAACCAGUACAUGCGUCUGGAUAAUGCUGCUGUGCAGGCCCUGAAUCUCUUCCAGGGUUCCUCUGAUGAUGCUACAGGCACACACUCUCUGGCAGGCCUCUUAAACAAAUGUCGUACCCCACAAGGACAGCGGUUGGUCAGCCAGUGGAUCAAACAGCCUCUCAUUGACAAAAACAAGAUAGAAGAAAGACUGGAUCUGGUGGAGACUUUUGUGGAGGACUCUGAGCUGAGGAAGAGUUGUCAGGAGGAUCUUCUCCGCCGUUUUCCAGACCUGAACCGAAUGGCAAAGAAGUUCCAGCGUCAAAGUUGUAAUUUACAAGACUGUUACAGGGUCUAUCAAGCUGUGGGGCAACUGCCGAGUCUGGUGCUGGCGUUGGAGAGAUACAGUGGGAAACAUCCGGUCCUCCUGCACGCAGCAUUCAUCUCUCCCCUCAACGACCUCGUCUCUGACUUCUCCAAAUUUCAGGAGAUGAUUGAAACCACACUAGACAUGAACCAGGUUGAACAUCAUGAGUUCCUGGUGAAACCCUCAUUUGAUCCCACAUUGAGUGAGCUCAGGGAGAACAUGGAUCGUUUGGAGAAAGCCAUGCAGGCUGCCUUGAACAGUGCGGCUCGUGAACUGGGGCUGGAAGCAGCUAAGACUGUGAAGCUUGAAUCCAAUGCACAGAUCGGUUACUUUUUCCGAGUCACGUGCAAAGAAGAAAAGAGUCUUCGCAACAACAAGAAAUUCACUACUUUAGAUGUUCAAAAGAACGGAGUGCGAUUCACUAACAGUAAGCUGAGCUCUUUGAAUGAAGAGUACAUUAAAAGCAGAGAAGAGUAUGAAGAGGCACAGAACGCCAUCGUCAAAGAGAUCAUCACCACAUAAGCAAUUUACAGCUAUGUGGAUCCAGUACAGACUCUGAAUGAGGUGAUAGCUCAGCUGGAUGCAGUGGUGAGCUUUGCUGUGGUGUCCCAUGCUGCCCCAGUGCCUUACAUAAGGCCUAAAAUACUAGAGAAAGGGUCAGGGAGACUCGUUUUAAAGGCGGCAAGACAUCCCUGUGUUGAAGCCCAAGAUGAUGUGGCUUUCAUUCCCAAUGAUGUCACCUUCGCAAAGGGCGAGGAGAUGUUUCAUAUCAUCACAGGUCCAAAUAUGGGUGGUAAAUCUACAUACAUCCGUCAAGUGGGUGUGAUCGUGCUGAUGGCACAGAUUGGUUGUUUUGUACCAUGUGAUGAGGCAGAGCUAAGUGUGGUGGACUGCGUGCUCGCUCGAGUGGGUGCGGGGGACAGCCAGAUCAAAGGAGUGUCCACAUUUAUGGCUGAGAUGCUGGAGACUGCUGCUAUUCUUCGAUCAGCCACAGAGGAUUCUCUCAUCAUUAUUGAUGAAUUGGGCAGAGGCACGUCCACAUACGAUGGCUUUGGUCUGGCCUGGGCAAUCCACCACCACACCCACAGACUCAAGUCCUUCUGCCUGUUUGCCACUCACUUCCAUGAGCUGACGGCACUUGCACAGCAGGUUCCCACUGUCCGUAACCUCCACGUCACUGCCCUGACCACAGACAGCACUCUCACCAUGCUCUACAAGGUGAAAAGUGGCGUUUGUGACCAGAGCUUUGGGAUUCAUGUGGCAGAGCUUGCCAACUUCCCCAAGCAUGUGAUCGCUAAUGCACGGGAGAAGGCUUUGGAGCUUGAGGAGUUCCAGGAUAUCUCAGGAGCCGGGGAGGAAGCUGGACCCGAAGCCAAGAAACGCUGCCUGGAGAAACAGGAGGGGGAGAAGAUUAUCGAGGCUUUCCUGGCUAAGGUUAAAUCAAUGCCUGCUGAAAGCAUGUCUGAUGAGGCUGUCAAAGAGGAGCUGCGCAAACUCAAGGCAGAGGUCAUCGGACAAAACAAUAGCUUUGUUAAUGAGAUAGUGUCACGUUCUGCCAAAGUCAAACUGACUUCAGCAUAAGGGCUGAGCAUUGGCUUAGUGGAUAAAAGUCCCAACAUUUCUGUAAAAUUGUUUGUGUAACGGAAAUGGAUAUAAUCUAUAGUAGAUUAGAAAAAUGUUCCAUUUUAGCAUCAUCCUUUUCUUUUCAAAUGUUUUUUUUGUUUGUUUAUUUUGCAAAUUGUUGCCACAUUCUAUCAUAAGUCUAAGUAAAAACUUGCAAUUUAAAAAAAAAAAAAUGAUGUAUAUUGUCAGUCAAAAUCACAGCUACAAUUUUGUUUAGUGACAAUGUCGCCAUCUAGUGGAUGCGUCUGGAAAUGUUGACAUUUUCAAUUUUAUUUUUACCUAGUUUCAAAGCUAAUGUUUUAAUAUUAUAAUUACAUGUUAAGUUCAGACAGACAUUAUUUGUACCCUUUUAAAUUU